AUGGAGAUGGAUGAGGAUAUCUACGCAAAUGUAGACACGAUUUGUGGUAACAGAGAAAAUGCAUCUGACCCUGGAGACACGUGUGAAGAUAUUUAUACCGGUCCGGAUGUUGUUUCAACUCAAAGUCAGAGAGACUCUACAAUCAAUGAGAGUAACCCGCGAUCUCAAGCUAAGGAAAGAGACCGGUUAAACACAAGUAAUAGCAACCUAAGAAAUGAGAGAGACCAGUUAAACACCAGUAAUGGGAACCUGAGAAAAGAGAGGGACCAGUUACAGACCAAUAACACCAACUUAAUCAAAGAGAGAGACAAUCUAAAGCAGCAGAUGUCUGACUUGAAACACAGCGAGCAGUGGAAGAAAUUUAGGAGCCAACAUUACUUCAUCUCUACUGAAGAGAAGAGCUGGAGUGAGAGCAGACAGGACUGUAGAAACAGAGGAGCAGACCUGGUGAUCAUAAACAGCAAAGAGGAACAGCUAUUUCUUACGAGUCAGUCAACCAGAGCCUGGAUUGGUCUGUCUGACAUAGACACAGAGGGGAAGUGGAAAUGGGUGGAUGGUAGAGCACUGAGCACAGGAUACUGGAUGCCUGGAGAACCCAAUGAUGCAGGUGGAGGAGAAGACUGCGGGGAACUGCUGCCAACUUUACCUGACCCUUUGAAAAACUGGAAUGAUUUGCCAUGUGGUGCAGCAAGAAAAUAUAUUUGUAAAAAAUAA